GGGAAUUUGUUUGAUGUGUGUGUAUUUUUUUGUUGUUGUACUGUUCCACUUUCCUCGGUUGGAAAUGAUCCUCCGUUGAGCAGCUGGAGAUUUCAGAAAGCACAUCAUUAGACCUGAUGGAAGUAUUCGGCCGCCAGCUGAUCACCCGAUUUCUGCAACUGGUGCUGAUGGAUCGUUAUUAAAAAAAAAAAAAAGGGGGCAGGUUGCACUGACAUUGUGGGCCUGCAGCUGACAGCCAGCUGCAAAGCCAGAGUUUUCUGGGAAGAGUUGAAGCACUCAUUGCAUGCUCCAAAUGUGGAGGCUGGUUGGUGCUGCGUCCCGAGCGUGGUGAUGGGAAUCUGUGCACAUUAGAAGGGAGCACAUCACUUUUUUGCUCUCAGAAUUUAUUGCCGGAACACAGCAGGGUGCUUUUUGGCUCAGGUGUUGCACCACUGGCAUCGUAAAAGUUGGAAGUGUGCAGCAGCAUGUCAUGUUUGAGGCUCCUCUGAUAACCUGCUGAUGUGCGACUACACAAGCAACCUGAUAUUGUGACCAUAUCCUCCCGGGGCUGUAACAAACUGGUUGGCUGCAGACACAUCUCACAGGCGUAACAGUAUGGUGGGCCUUUUAUUGUAAAUGCGUUAUAAUGCAGCAGCUUGUGUGGCUGCAUACUUGCCCUGCCUCUCAUCCAGACACUACCCCCGCACACUUUGAUGACAGGCGUAAUGAAUUAAUAAUCACACAGACCCACAUACCACUACUGUACCCUGGAAACCAAGAGAGCCGACAUCGUGAAAGAACUGUAGUACUCCUGCAGUAAAUAAUGGAGCAACACGGUCCAAACAUAACAGGGACACCACCCACUUUGUCACCUGAUGUAAACUAGAGCUGCCAUGUUAAAAACAAAAAUACCUAAUCAUGUGCAUAUGAUAUUGCAAGUAUAUGGCGUCUGUGUGCCUGCAGAGAGCUUUUCAAGAGAUUCACAAGCAUCAGUUCUCAGUGUUAAAGUUGAACUUUCUCUUCAUCAUCAUUAAUGUGCUGUUGCUGUGGUGACGGGCAUCGUUUUCGCCUCACAGCCGAGAAGCGCUUCUUCUCAUACCAACAGAAAUGGGAAGUUCGGAGCGCUUGUUCAUGUAAACACAUUUAAUUUGUUCCACUUUGUUGUCAAUUUAUCUGUGAGUUAAUUUAUGUUCUUCUUCCUACUGUAGCUUGCUUGAGGGGUUUUAGUAGUGUGGGUGGGUGUGAAGUUUCAGUGUUUCAGUGCUUUACCUACUACGUUGAAGGCUGUACAAUUGCGUUUAUGUAAAAUUUGUGGUUGUAGCUGCGAGGGACAUGCAGGACACAUUUGCGGAGGAAAUCCAAAAUUUCAUUAGCAUAUCAAUCAAAGCGAGUUUUACACAUUGAAAAUAGUGUGUGUGCGUAUAUUCUAUUGAGUGGGUAAAAUACAGUAGUGAGGAUGCUGUCUCAGGUCGCAGAACCAGACGGUUAUUAUGCUUUGAGCUGAUGUACACGGGUCCAAAAGUCCGAGAGCACUUUUAGUGUUUGAAAAGCUUUUGUGAAUUAUCUUGAUUGCAUAAAUCUGUGUCGCUGGCUCAUCGUCGACCCCCCCUUAGCCCAACAUUACACCGUUUCUUCGCUUUAAAGUUUGAUAAGCUGCGUUACAGGGACUCGCUUAUUGUCCCCAUAAGGAAGACAAGUCCCCAUAAUGUGACUGUGUCAACAGAUUCAGGUCUCCGCAACGCAGACCACAAACACACACACACACACACACACACACACACACACACUUGCUUCAUGGAAUGUUUCUAAUUCUGGGGUCUCGAUGACGGUGAGAAGGAGCCGGGAACAUGGGAGCUCAUAUUACUUCGACUCAUAUUCUGUGGUGUGUGUGUGCAGUAAUACAACACACCCACUUCUCCCCGUAACAAGACCAGACCUAUUCAUGACCGUGGGGGCUUCUUGUGUGUGUGUGUGUGUGUGCGCGCGCGUGUGUGUGUUUGUGCGUAGUAUGUCCUUGCAUUCACUUAAUAUCUCUUUUAGUUUGUACCUCUGUGUGUGUUAAUGUUUCUGGGGUGAUAUGAGCGUGAGUGUUCAUCCAGCAGAUGAUCCACCCAGAGACAGUUUGUUCCUUAUCGCUGCUAAUGGUUGUUGUCUACAAAGUGAUCAAACCUUUUACUUUUAGAUCAGUUCGGCUAUUUUCUUGCCUUUAUUCGUUUAUGUGUGUGUGUGUAUGAGUGUGUGUUAGAGAGUGUGGCACAAGCGUCGUAUGAAUAUGUGUUAGUGAACGGGACCUGUAGCGUUUAACUAAAAUGAUGCUUUGCAACGCAAAUGCAGUCCGUUUACCAAUUAUAUCGAAAUGUAUCUUGCCAAUGACUGAAUACUUGGAUCGUCCGUGCACUAUGCUGGAGAAAUAUUUCACCUCUGUUAUGAUAUUUUGCAAGAGCUCUGCUAGACUAAGGACGGUUACACCCCAUGCAUGAUUUAAAGCACACACAAAAACACCACCCUCAAAAUAACCUCUUUCUUUCUCUUUCUGUCUGAGACGUGCCAAAAGAAACUCCAGAUGCCCUCCCCCCACACAGAGGGGGCCAAGUGAGGACCCACAGUCCUGAGCCAGAUGAUAGCUCGCCAACUGUUGGCUGUAAAGACACACAAUGUACUUCUCAUCCUCCGCCCCUGCGAGUGGGUGGCUCAACAGGCGAAAUGCUGCUUUGGCCCCUCGAAAGUUUCAUCAAUUUUAGGGAUGUGUUGCUCUUAAAACACACGGACAUGUAGACGUGCUGCGUCUUUCUUGAUGCUUCCUCGGUUUGUUUAAAAAAAAAAAGAAAAAAGGCACAUCUUCAAGUUAUUGCUAAGGUGAGCUGUUGGCACAAACAAGUCGCAAAGAAUGAACCCAGUCAAACAUUUCCUCAUUUUUAAAACACUCACGAGGAAGAGGUGCCUGAUGAGGAAGUUGAGUUCUGCAGUAAUAAUACAACACACCCACUUCUCCCCGUAACAAGACCAGACCUAUUCAUGACCGCCGGGGCUUCUCGUGUGUGUGCGUGUGUGUGUGUGUGUCACAUGCACUCAUAGUGAUCCAUUCAUGCAAAGCAGUGGAAGUCUUUUGUUAAUGAUAUUUUGCACUCGUGUGAUGUUCCGGUCUCAAUGCAUAUUAAUAAUCGAACUGCGGCGUGGCAGUGUGCAGAGCACAGAGAGACAGACAGCGCCCGGCGUCUUGUAAUCUGCCAGGCCCCUGGGUUGAACAGGAUGCAGCAGUUGGUCAAAGCAGGAACAGGUGGCUGUCAACGGCGACCAUGCAGCCAGUGAAUCACGGUGAACAGUUGUCCCGAGAGUUCGCGCCGCUCCCAUAAUCUGCAGGCGCGCAGACAAAAGGGCGUUUUUAUCCAUGUGCUCAUGCGCCAAGAUAAAACUCCCCACCUUCUUUGUCUCCAAAACGUGCCCCCCCCCCUGCCACUCUUCCUCACAAGGUUGUUCAGUACUUUGUGGGCUACAAUGUGUUGACGCCGGGGCUCCUCUCAGAAGGAAAUAUGACCCGUGAGGACAGGGCGAAGCUGUCCUUACCACCGAGGAGGAAAAGCAUGCGCCACGUGCUGUGGGCAGAUAGGAAGGUGCGUAAAACUGUGGCCGUCGGCGAGCAGGAGCUGUUGUCGGGGCUCGUUGACAUGCGUUCCCCCUGAGCUUGGCGACGCCUCCCUCGGUGGUGUGGUGACAGCAUGCCAGUGCAGGCAGCCCAGUGGACGGAGUUCCUGUCCUGUCCCAUCUGCUACAAUGAGUUUGACAGCAGCGGCCACCAGCCCAUCAGCCUGGGCUGCUCCCACACGGUGUGUAAGACCUGCCUGCACAAGCUGCACCGCAAAGCCUGCCCCUUUGACCAGACACCAAUCAGCACGGACAUCGACCUGCUGCCGGUCAACUGCGCCCUGCUGCAGCUGGUGGGAGCUCAGGUCCCAGAUGUGCAGCCGGUGAGCCUGAGCAGUGCAGCGGAGGUGGAGAACUAUGAGGUCUGCAGGGUGUGUGUAGAAGAGCUGGCUCUCUACCUAAAACCUAUCAGCGGAGCAAAAGGUGUGGCGACCCAGAGUCCGAGCGUGCUCAGUCGGCCCAUGCAGAGGAAGCUGGUGACCUUGGUGAACUGCCAGCUCGUGGAGGAGGAGGGCCGUGUGCGGGCGGUGCGGGCAGGCCGGUCGCUGGGCGAGCGAACUGUAACCGAGCUUAUCCUACAGCACCAGAACCCCCAGCAGCUCUCUGCCAACCUCUGGGCGGCGGUGAGGGCGCGAGGAUGCCAGUUCCUGGGACCUGCUAUGCAAGAAGAUGCACUGAAGCUGGUUUUACUGGCUCUGGAGGACGGCUCAGCUCUGUCCAGGAAGGUGCUGGUUUUGUUCGUAGUCCAGAAGCUCGAGGCUCGGUUCCCUCAGGCCUCCAAAACCAGCAUAGGCCAUGUGGUGCAGCUGCUCUACAGGGCCUCCUGCUUCAAGGUGACCAAGCGCGAUGAGGACUCUUCCCUGAUGCAGCUGAAGGAAGAGUUCCGUACGUACGACGCUCUCAGGAGGGAGCACGACGCCCAGAUUGUCCACAUCGCCAUGGAGGCGGGCCUGCGCAUCUCACCUGAGCAGUGGUCGUCUCUGCUGUACGGAGACCUGGUCCACAAGUCACAUAUGCAGUCCAUCAUUGACAAGUUGCAGUCUCCUGAGUCAUUUGCAAAAAGUGUUCAGGAGCUGACGAUCGUUUUGCAGAGGACGGGAGACCCGGCCAACCUCACAAACCUUAGACCCCACCUAGAGCUGCUCGCCGACAUAGACCACAAUCCAGACGCCCCAGCGCCAUCGUGGGAGGAGCUGGAAAGUGUGAUGCUGGCUGUGAAGUCGGUGGUUCAUGGACUGGUGGAGUUCAUUCAGAACUUCAGCAAGAAGAGCCACGACGCUCCACAGCCUCAGGCCAACAGCAAGUAUAAGACCAGCAUGUGCCGAGACCUUCGUCAACAGGGUGGCUGUCCUCGAGGAACCAACUGCACAUUCGCACACACACAGGACGAGCUGGAGAAAUUUAGACUGAGGAACAAGAAGAGCAGCAGCGUGGGCCGCGCAUUUCCGUUAGCGCCCGGUGUCAUGGGUAAAACUUUCACCAUGGAGGGAAGCAUCCACACGGAUGCUUCUGCAGGAGUGGGGCAGGAGAAUACAACUCCGCUGACAGAGGGAGUUCCCGGCCUGACUCACCCACAGCUUAUCUCCAGGGGGGCAGACAUGAUCGAUGAAAUGAAAAGAGUGGUGCCAAAUGGAUCGAGUGGGGCUAACGGGUCCAACGGGCUACCUGGCACCAACAGAACCACGUCGCGUUCAACGGAGCAGACGCCCGUCUCUCCUCCCAGGACUCCAGUCGGCCAUUCCUCAGCGUCCUCUCCCUUGACCACGGUUGGACGGGGUGAUGGCUGUGCUCCGAUACCCAAACACGGUCCGUUCAUGCUGCGCGCGCCACAUCCCUCGCAGGCGUCAGAGCUGUAUUAUCAGGAGCCCCACUCUGCUUAUGACACGGCCCACUAUCAACAAACCUCAGGUUCUUACUACCCAUCUACUCUUCAUCCUCCUCACAAACCCUGCAUGGCUCGCUUCCUCAGAUCGUCCAAUGUCCCAGAAUCCUCUCUGCCACCCUCCAUCGGACCUCAGCCAUCUCCCUACCCCAGUGACCCUCAGUCUCCACACCCACCUUCCUCCUCUUCCUCUGGGUACCCACCUCACCCGCCCAGAGAUCGGAUGGGUCCCCCCUUCCAUCCCCACCCGGGGCAGCCUCAGUAUGGGCCUCUGGGCCCUGCUCAUGGGGUUUAUGCGCCCCUUUAUGACAGCAGGAGAGUAUGGAGGCCUCAGCUGUACCACAGAGAGGAUGCGAGGAGUAACUCUCUCCCUCCAGAGGUGCUGCAUUCCUCCGUCUACCAGCCUCCACUCAGGGAGAGAUUCAACUCUCUAGAUAGCAACUACUGCUCUGGAGCCGACCACCGUGCAGGGCUACACAGGGAUUACAGUCGUGUUCCUCUGGGCUACGAGGAUCUCUUCAGAAGGAAGCAGGAGCAGUGGGCGCAUCAUCACCACCAUCACAGCGCCAGCAGACCCUCGCAGUCCUCCCCCAUCUUCACCAUCGACUUUGGAACUGAGCAGUUGGAGAGCAGCGGAGGCCAGUGCGUUGGGUGCAGGUUCAGAGGCGAGGAGAGUUUGGCGCACUACUCCCCGUGGUCCUGUGGUACCAUCGGCCCCUGCCUCAGCUCCUUUGAGCCCGAACCACUGACACACACUUCGGCCCACUCCUGCUCAGAGCACUCGGAGUUGGACAGCGGCGGAGGUAGAGGCGGCGGCGGCGGCGGCGGCGGCGGGAGCAGCGGAAGCGCCGGUAAGCGGUGGCUGCAUUCGCUGGAUCACUACCGCCGCUUAAAAGACGAGGACCCCAUCAUUCCCUUUAGCGAGGGUCCCAUCAUCUCAAAGUGGGGAGCUAUAUCCAGAGCGUCACGCAUGGGCUACCACACCAGCGACCCCGUCCAAGCCACGGCCUGCCAGAGAAGCGCCAGCACCACACCCAUCAACUUUAAAGAUUACAACCCGCACUUGGACCACGGUGACUACAGGUGGGGCUCCAGAGGAUCCGACUCCUCCAGCCACUCCAGUUUCCUCGAGAGUGAGCAGCUCUGCGCAUCAGAGCUGCACGGCCGGCGGACUUCAAUAAGCAGCGGAGAGAAAAUGGUCUCUGAUCUGCAAGCGCAUCAGACCGCCUACCGCCAGGAUCGGAACGGGGACCGGGCUGGGAGCGAACCGGACCCGGAACGGGACAUUGAGCUGGAACUGUGUGCUCUGGACAUGGAGGAUUCAGACCACCAGGAGAGCAAGUCUCAGGAGUCUUUAGACCUGGUUACCCCACAGUCUCAGGAUGCUUCCCACCUCCUCCCACCUUCCUGCUCCUCUCCCCUCCUCUCCUCCCCCGUGGAGGAGCUCCCCCACACAGAGGGUACCUUGACAGAAAAGAUGGAUGCUCACCUGCUCAAAAAGAUGGCCUUCAGAAAGUCUCUGUCUCCUGGAGGUUUGGUGUCAGGAGGUCUGGGCGUCCGCAAACUGGUGCUGCGGACUGGACCUCCUCGACUGGGGGACCCCUCCGCCCGGGCUUGCCCGGAAGCGCCCGGCACAGAGAUGCUGCUCAAUGGAAGCUAAGGGGACGGACGGUGAUCUGCAUCGUGCUGGUGCUGAGCUGCUAGCCCACAACCAGAUCCUGUUUAAAGGGAGUGCCAUUCAAUUCCAGCCAUCAUACAUGUAAACCUUACGCCUAGAUAAAACUCGGCAGAUGUGGCUCGACAGUGCGUGCCGUGCCACGCCGCAAGGAGCAAGAGAGAGAAAAGAGAGAACACACUGUCCCGCCUGCUGAGUGGGUCACUUUCACCAGUGUGUAGCUCCACAGAGAAUUUAGUCAUAUCACUGUUAAUGCCUAAUAAGGUACAUGCUCAGAUUGCCUUUACGGUAGACGCUGAACUCGGUCAUGUAGGAGAAAAGCUGGAGAUCUCACAGCAUCUUCACCACAUUACUGCCCUCUCAAUAUGACAUUGUUCCCCUGAGGUUUAUAACAUAAUGUGUUUGUAAAGCUCUUGUUUAUAACCAAGCCCCACAUAGCUACCCAAGGAAACAUUUUAAAAAAAACACCUUGGUGUUAUCUACAGUUAUUUUUUGUAACGUGCAAACAAAUUUGUGAAGGCCACCGGUUUAGUUCAUAGACUUUUGUUUUGUUGCUGCGUAACACAUUGUCAUACGUGUUUCAUGAAAAACAGAGAUAGACAUAAUAACACUGAGACAGGCCACUCAAACCCACCCGGCAGCAAACAGAGGCCUUCACUAUGCUGAUAGUGAAACAAGCCUCUGUCUUUUAUGAGUCAGAUGAUCUUUUAAACGUUGACCAUCGAAUUCCCCUCGACUGCCACGAGAUCACAGAGCACAGCGAGUUGCAGUCAUGAACUGAAUUUGUGAAUGAUCAUGGAUCACUAAAAAGUCACGAGGGAUGAACAAAGUUUUUUUUUUCCCCAUUCACAAUAUGCGAACCCUUUGUCAGUAGACUCAUCCAGCGUAACUAAAGAAUACAAAGCAAUUCUUCUUUUUUGUUUCAAAUUUAGUAGAUUUCUCCACAAGCCACAUUAACUCACAAUUAAUCUCUGUCUCACACACACGCACGCACACACACACACACACACACACACACACACAAGGCUCAAACAUUAAAUGCCGUGGCCUUUCUGUCCUUUUUGUUUUUUGCAUUUAUUUAUAUAAAACUCAACAUGGGCAAUGACAUUUGUUCGUUGACAGACCACUGUCCUUUUUCAGAGGUGUUUUUACUUCAAACACUGGAAGUGUGCCCAUGGCUUUUUUUGAGCUUUCCUUUCCCCAUCCAUUUACGCACUUUGUUAAGAAUUGGCUGAAGCCUACAUGUGUGUUUCUUCGUGCUGCAUUUUCUGUUUUUUUGUGUUUAACAUUUUGAAAAGUUUUUAUGUUUAUUUUAUUUCAUGCAUUGCUAACUUCUGUGAAGUUGUUCGUCGGGGUAUUUUGCGUCAGGAUCUUUGUUACAGUUGUUUGCUAUGUUUUGAAUUCGCAACGGAGACGAAACUGAUCAUGUCGUCUAGCGCUUUUCUCUGUGUUCGCCAGUCGUCAGAAGUGCUGUCGUCGGGUACACUGUAAACCACCAAAGUCUAGUUCACUGUAAUGUUGUGCGGUAUGGAGGAUUUCCAUACAGACCAGCUUUGCCUCACCUCCUUUUUUUAUAGAUAUGAGGCGCCCUGUCAUGUGUGAUUCAGUCUUAAAGACUUAAGCAUGAAACAUUAACCCAACGUACAGUAUAUAUAUAUAUAUAUAUAUAUAUAUACAGGAUUUAAAGUCAUGAGAUGUUUUCGGACAUGAAAAUUGGGUCCGGACUUUUUCCGGAGUUUGCCGUUCACAUGUGACGAAUAUGCAGGAGGAGGUUGUCCGGGUUGGAUGCGUUCACAAUAGCAGGAACAUUUCCGAAGCAUUCAGGCGAGGAGUGGUGCCUGGGUCGAGCGCCCGCUCGCUCGCUCGCCGCGGAAUUUCCAUAAAUUUGACUAGAUCAGGAAAAUGUCUGGACUUCAGUGCAUGUCUGAAAGCUGCUGUUGAGACUCCACUUAGUUUGUUUACACCUGUUCUAAAUCUUAUGAGAUUUGUGUAGAAGGACAAAAUGAGGUUUUACUAAUCUUUGAAUAUUUCACGCUCCCUCUUCGAUUUCCUCUCACCUCAGAUUCUGUACCUCCUCGUGAAACUUCGUCACGAGGGGCAAAGCAGCAAAGUCCUACCCCCUCAAGUUGUAUCUUAAAUCCCAUUUUAGAGGAUGGCAGAAUGGCUGUACAUGUGAGGAGCGUUUAUUUGUUUUGAGUGACAAUUCAAAAUGGUGGACUGGUGACCCUUUCUUAUCCACUUAAGCUGCUGAGAGAAGCUGGUUACGAAAGUGAAGAAUGAGGCUCGACAGUUCAGUGUGACUCGGUGUGAUAUUGCUGUUUUGCACGCAGUGAUCAUUUCUGACCAUAAAAGGCGAGAGCUGCCACAGGGAUUCAGCUGCACCAACUCAUUAAAUGUUAGCCUCAGCUACCUACUGUUGCUCUGCACAGGUUUACAACUUCACCUUUGAGGUCGUGUAACGCAAGUGCCAUGUUACGUACAGUACAGUACAAUCAAACCUCUGCAAUUUUCCUUAAAGCUUUCCAUAUUCCUGAGCUGUGCACUAUAUUUGGCGAGGAGGGAGAGGCUCAAGUUAAGUUGAGGAGGAAAAUAGUCCUCUUGUAGUUCUGCUUUGUUCCACUAGAGGGGGCUAGAUCCUUGUCUGUCUGAACCGCUCAGGGAAGACUUCAGUUGCUCAGCUUGUAGUUUGGCUUUUUCUACAUUCAUAACCUUAAAUAUUCAGUGGUGGCAUUUACCUGAACUCCACGUGUUGAUGACAGAUCCUUUCACCCAAAGCAUAAAUGGGUGCAAAGUGUAAUCGCUGAUUAUAUUGUUGGCCAAUGUUUACCUGUGUUUUCUUUCGCCUCUCAGUAUCAAUAUUGGCUUUGGCUAUUCUUGCUCUCAUGGGAAAGGGCUGGGCACUACUGUACGUAAAAACAGUAUUGUGAGUGUUGAACUUAUGUCAUGGUGAUACUCUCUGUUUUCCUGCUGUAGUGGCUAUAAUUGCACUGCACUGAUUUCUACCCCGUCACGGCCAGCAGGUGCCAGUGAGGGUCACCCCCACCCAACUUUCCUUUGGCCCCCGCUUCACCUCUGUCUUCCCUGCAUCCUGCGUCAUGCAUGUGACAUAGUCCCUAUUGUGACGGCGGAGGAGUACUGAUGAUUCUGUAGUUGUGAUACAACACGCCCAGCGCUGUAAGAGUUCUGCACAUGCCCACUGUGUGGCCACGUCAAGUGCUGAAGUUUGCUUGCAGCAUUUUACUCGUUUGCUCAUGAAAAUGAAUUAUCGUUUAAUAGAGAUUUUAAUUGUUAUUUACUAUGAUUGUUAUUACCACAGUUGUUUGUUGUUGUGGUAUUUUUUUCCUUCUUAGUAUAUUCUAAGUCUGCUUCUUUGUUUUGAAUAUCGGGAAUUUGCUAAAACUCUUGAAUUUUUUUAUUAGACAAGAAAGUGUCUCAUCAUUCUAUAUUAUAUGGGGGGGAAGAGCCUGUUUGUUAAUUGUGAAACAUAUGAUGAACUGAUGUUUUCUGACUAUUGAUGUCUGUAUUAGACAUUUUAUUUGCGAAUCUAUUGUUCGAUUGAAAUGUAAAUGAACUAUUAAGAGAUGGUACACAUCCGUCAUUGUAUACAGUCUGGCACCAUCAUUAGAUGGACUUAUAGUAUAGACGCUCAUUUAUACAACCUGUGAUAAUCAGCUAUAUUUAAAUGUUUAUAUCAUUGGGGCAGUUGUGUAAUGUUUCAGGAUGAGGAAAAUGAAAUCCUUAAGAGACAGCAUAUAUAAAAUGUCCCCAUAAUGAAUAAUACUGUUACGUAUUCCAUUUAUUUCCUCGGAAAUAUCACAUUGUGGAAGGUUUCCCUUUUACUUAACUGUUCGGUUAUGCAGGAAUGGAGUAGGUCUAACCUAUGGUGAUGACGAUUUAAUGUAUGUGCUAUUAAUGAUUGAUGAAACUGUUGGGGUUUUUUUUGUAUUGUUUGACUGACUGAUUCUUCUGUGCAUUUUCUGGCUUGUUCACUUGUGUUACACUGACUUACAGACAGCUUGGCCGAGCUCCUCUUUUGCACUGAGAGAUGGAAUUAUAAAAAUGGAAGAUUUUUUGGCACAUGAAAUCGCAUGCUACAAUAAACCGAUGAACAAAUGA